GCUCUCAUCGUUCGUAUUGGUGAUAGAAAAAUCUUGAAAAACAAGUACGGCGGGAUUUCUGAAACUCUGGCCGACACAUCAGCGGAAUCGCCGGUGGUCGGCUCAAGAACUGCCUCCUUGUUUUCCGGCGUCAUUUCUCCUUCCAUACUCACCGUUUUGCUGCUUUCCCGACUUCCGAGAUUUUUUAGCUUACGGAUCUGUCAUCAAAUCAUGAACAUGUUCAGCUGCUUCGCUGGAUUGAUCAGUAGAAACAAAAACCAUAAGCGGAUUCCAAAACCUUCUCUGCCUCCGAGAACGCAGAGAAUCCUUCAGAUCAGACUUGAAGAGCCAGUGAAGCCUCUGGAGAAUGACGAGCCAAGCCACGACAACAAGUCCAUCGGUCACAAGGACAGUCCUUUCGAGCAAGAGUCAUGCGAUGGUGAAGAUGAACACGAUGAUGACAAAGAUUCAACGAAAUGCGAGUCUCCCAAAUCCCAAGUUCAAGAACGAGCCGUUGCACCUCUGACAAGGAAGGAGUUAGGUAAAGAGGUGACAGAUUGCUCCGAAAACGGAGAUGGUGAUGAUGACGACGAAGAAGGUGGCCACGUCAGCGAUCCGGGGUUAGGCAGAGCCACGGCUUGGGUGACAUCUCCUAAGCUCAAACGAUCCUGCUCCACUCUCAGCAAGUUCAACGGUUCUGAUCCUCGGGCUCUCCAUGACCUGAGAGAGACCGUUCCAGCUAGUAACCAAUCGGUGAGGUCUCACAGAAGUGCAGAUAGAGUAAUGCUUAAGAAACAUUCGUCGAUGCAGAUACUUCCUUCCGGUAGCCGCAGGCUCUGGUGGAAACUGUUCCUCUGGAGCCAUAGGAACCUUCACAAACACCUCGUCUCGCUAAAGUCGCAGCCUUUAGGCGUUGUUUCAGCCAAGAACCACCAGUCUGGUUACACCUCCGACUUUGCAGACCACGACCAAUCUAGCCAUGAAGACUCUGCGAACAACCAAUCAUCGAGCUUGUGGCCUCGUCAUAACCAGUGGGUAGCGUUCUCUGCGGGAUCAUCUUCGAUGAAACGAGUGGAUGAGUGGGUAAGAGGACUCGACGUCGAGACCGUGGUUCCGUUGAACGAUGAUGAGGAUAAGCACAGCUUCAUAGCCUCUCCUACGACCGUGAGAUCACCUUCGGGAAAUGUCUCGGAGGCGAUACUUCACGCAAACAGCCUUAUCCAAUCGCUGAGCAAAUCCUCUAGCGUGGCUCACAUCUCGAGCAUAGGCUUGAACGCUGUACCGAGCAUCUCCCAUUUCACCAGCCUCAAGUCGAUUGAUCUAUCAAACAACUUCUUAGUUCAAAUCACUCCUGCAUCGCUUCCAAAGGGCCUCCACGCGUUAAACCUGUCCAAGAACAAGAUCAGUGUUAUCGAAGGACUAAGAGAUUUGACACGCCUACGAGUGCUCGACCUCAGUUACAACCGUAUUUCUCGCAUCGGACAAGUUGCAAACUACAACUCUCUCGUCGCUCUGAACAUUCUUGGGAACCCGAUACAGAGCAACGUCGGUGAGGACCAGCUGCGCAAGACGGUCUCGAGCCUUCUCCCUAAGCUGGUUUACCUUAACAAGCAGCUCAUCAAGCCGCAGCGAGCGAGGGAAGUGCUCAAAGACAGCGUCGCGAAAGCUGCGUUUGGUGGAGGAGACUCUCUGCACCACAGGCGCAAAAGAACAGCCACCAAGAGAGCUGUGAGAUCACUAUCAGCCUCCUCCAGCUUUAACCACCGAAGCCACAAUGGAGAUGAUAAGCAGAAAGGAAAGGGACGUGGAUCCAAAGGCAGAAGCCAACAUCAGCUCAGAAAAACUUCGAUUGCAGAGAUACCAUCACAC